CCGCCCGGGCUUCACAGUUCACACCCGACGAGGCGACGAAGCACAACAGCCGCGGGCCCCAUCACCAUUAUCUGCGGUGCAGCUGCGCGCCCCCACAAAAAAGUAACCCGGCCCGCCCCCCAUCCGAUCCGACCAAUCAACUAACCCUAUCCCCGGUGAGACGAGACCGCCGCGGAUGGACCGCCUCGUCGCCUUCUCCCGCCGCCGCCGCCGCUGGCUCCUCCUCGUGGCGGCCGGCGCAGCGACGGUCAUCGGCGCGUACAAGAUCUACCACCACCCCGCGGUCGCCGCCCGCCGCCGCCGCCUCGUCCGCCUGGCCGCCGCGGUCGCGGCCUUCGCCGACGCCGCCGCCUCGUCCGCGGACGCCGCGGCGCUGGUGGCCUCCGACCUCGCCGAUUUCGUCCGGUCCGACUCGGACGAGCUCCCCCGCAGCGUCACGCAGCUCGCCAAGCUCGCCGCCUCCCCCGAGGUCUCCGCCACCGUCUCCGCCCUAUCCGAGGCCGUCACCGCGGGGAUACUCCGCGGCGUAGGAUCCUCAAACUCCGGCCCCGGAUCCGGCGGUAGCGUGGCCCUCUCCGAUCGCCUGGUGGACAAGCUCUUCUCCGACUCCGGCGAGCGCCUUGCGUCCGCCGUCGCCGGGAGCUUCGCCCGCCAUCUCGUGCUCGCCUUCUACUCCGUUCCGUCGCCUCCGGGGGAGGCCUCCUCCACGAUGUGGGUCAACGUGGUUGCGACUGGGAGGUGCCGGAAGGCGAUUAGCAACUGGGUUGAGGUCUUCGUGGGCACCGCCGUGAGGGAGUUCAUUGACAAGACCAUCCACAUCAACACCUACGAGCAGCUCUUCGAAGGGCUCACCAAUCCGAAACACGAUGCUAAGGUCAAGGGAUUGCUUGUUUCGGUGUGCAAUGGGGCUGUCGAGACUUUGGUGAAGACCACUCACCAUGUCAUGUCCAGUACCAAUGAUAAAUUGUAUAGCAGUGGCAGUGGCAGUGGCAAUAGCAAUGUUGGAGUUGGGGAAGGGUGGGUGGAGACAGUGUCGAGCACGCUGGAAGUUCCUAGCAACAGGAAGUUCGUGCUUGAUGUCACUGGGAGGGUAACAUUUGAGACAGUGAGGUCAUUUUUGGAAUUUAUUCUUUGGAAGUUGCAAGAUGGGGCAAGGAAGGGCGGGGGCACCGUGGUUGACAGUGGGCUGCGCGUUGUAAGGUAUAUGAGCGAUAAGUCUAUGGUUAUCGCCACGAUAUGUAUUACAUUGUGUUUGCAUGUGUUAAAUGGGACUAGGCUCUUGGUAACAGCUUGAGGGUGUGCAUGACAGUUUGGGGAUUGUUUGGUUUGCAUAAUUUAGCACAUUGUUUGUAUUAAACUCUAGGUAAUAAUACUGAAAUUGUAAAUCCAAAUAUGAAAAAGAAUGGAAAGAAGAUAAGUUGUGUUGCAAGGUUCUGCUGUAUCGUAUGUUUGAGAUUGUUCUGCACAGCUGUAGUGAGAGAAUGGUUGACCUGUUGUACUACCUGUUGGCGACCAUAUUUGCGGGGUUAAUUGAUAUUUAGUUGUGAUGUA